AAGCACACACACACAAACCUUUUUGUCAAAUUUUUUACGUGAAACAUGAAACAAAAUUCCUCAAAACCCACGACGACAGUUCCGCCAUCGAAGGCGGGAAGCCGUGCUUCGAUGCAACGUGGACACCAUAAUCAUCAGCAGGGGCAGCAGCAGCAGCAGCAGCAGAUGGCUUUUCACCAGCAGCAGAUGCAACCGGCUGCAGUAACGUUCCAGCAGCAAGCCUCGUAUCAGCAAGCACCACAACAUCUUCACCUUCCCCACAUGCAGCAACAGCCGAUGGGGUGCAUAGUGUUGCCGUCAGGCACGAUGCACCAACAACCGCAGCACACCACGUACAUGACCCAACAGCCCGGGCUGCAGCCAAACGCGGGUAAUUCCGCCGGUCCCAUGUAUGUCGGUUCGGCUAUGGUCCAGCAAACAUCUCCCCAAGCCGGACCGGCCGGCUUUUCGACAUCGGCCCAACCACCGGUAGGAUAUCUGCAAACCACCCAGCACCAGCCAUCGAUGGCAGCACAGCAGGUACAGCAACGACCUAACUACCAGCCAACCGUGGCAGACUUUGUGGCAGGUAAUGCUGUCGCUGCCGGCUACCCUGGUACACAUCAACCGUACAAACAGCAACAUCAGCAGUCGCAGUCAAUGCAAUCCUUUCAAGAAGCUCCAACUUCCUCGUACCCGAUCCAUAUGCCGUCGACACAUCAUCCGGAAGGCUCAACGACGGAAGCUCAUUAUUUCUUCGAUGCGAACUGCACGAUGCCGGUCGUACAACAACAGCAAGCCCCGUCAACGGUGACCGGAUGCAGAAACCCGAAGUGUACUGGCUGUAAAUCCUUUCGACACAACUAACAGGCCGAGGUUGAUCAAAAAGACCCCGCCACAACACAACAAGUGCCUGCUGACCGGUUGAGCAGGAAAAUGGGCAUCGAAUAAAUGUGUAUAUUCUUUUACUGAAA